AUGUCUACGCAAGCAGGCGGAUGCGCCUCCCCUUCAGCCUCCGACUUCACCAGCGGUUCCGCUCCCGAACAAAACUUUAACCACUACGCCCCGGGCACCGCCUCCUUCAACGCCUUCUCCUCCUUUCUCUCUGAACCUCUUCUACUAUCCCAAGAUGCCAGAUCAGGGUGUGGUGGAAUGACCUGGCCAGCCGGAGAAGUCCUUGGAAGAUAUCUGUUGUGGAGAUGUAAAGAGGACCCGGAGUUUAGGGCGCGGAUAUGUGGUGGAAAGAGGAUUGUGGAGGUGGGGAGUGGGACGGCGUUGACGGGAUUGGCUUUGGCGAAAGGGUUGGACUUGGAGGGAAGCAAGAUUUACGUGACGGAUCAAGAGAAUAUGAUACCAAUCAUGACUGAGAAUAUCCGUCUGAACAACUGUCAAGAUACCGUCAUCCCAGCCGAACUCGACUGGGGAACCACAGUCUCCCCCGAACUCCAAGAACCGGACAUAGUUAUCGCAGCCGAUUGUGUCUAUUUUGAGCCAGCGUUCCCUUUGCUCGUACAGACCAUGCGUGACCUGACGACACCUGAUACACCGAUAUACUUUUGCUACAAGAAGAGGAGAAAUGCGGACAAGCACUUCUUCAAGAUGUUCAAGAAGCACUUUGUGUUGGAGGAGAUUAAGGACUUUCCGGAGUGGGAGACCUUCUCGAGAGAGUCGAUCUUCUUGUAUCGAGUGAUCAAGAGAUGAGGGACACGAAGGGAUAGGAACUGACGUAAAUUGCAUGAAGAAGUCCUUGCGUACGAGGACUACAAGGGUCCAGAAAAGGCAGCUAAUAGGAGCUAUGCCCCCUCCAAUCUUGCCGCAGCUGCAGUUGACGAGACGAAUGACAGCUGCAAGUUAAACUAUUUGCAAAGGCCUUCUGCACUUUUAGCAGAAUCAACUGUACAGAUUCGUCCGAGUCUAGGACUGCAGGAUGCGUGUUACUUUAUGUCUUGGCCGGACGACACUUCACGCAGCUGACUCUGUUCACACUGACCUGUCUAUGCAGGCAGCUUUACGGACAAUAGAGACCGUUGUUACGGCCCAGAACCGCGG